AUGAAGCUGUACCUCCUAUUCUUCUUCUUCCUCACCCUCCACGCUCUCCCGGGUCUCCCCAGGUCACCUGCGGACAAAUCGCCAUUCUUCCUCCUGGCAGGAGACAGCACAACAGCGGUCCAAACGACGAACGGAGGUGGUUGGGGAAAUGGCUUCAUCCAGACGACCUUGUCCAAGGGUGCUAAAGGUCAGGACUAUGGCCGCAACGGAGCCACAACCGUCAGCUUCCGCGCGAGAGGUGACUGGGACACCCUCCUCAAGAAGGUUGAGGAGGUGAAAGCCAAUUAUCAGCCCUACGUGACCAUUCAAUUCGGCCACAACGACCAGAAGCCAAAAGCCAAUAUCACCAUCGCAGAGUACACGAGCAAUUUGGAGACUUUCGUCGGAGAUGUGCGGAAUGCGGGGGGAGUCCCCGUCCUAGUGACUCCACUUUCUCGGCGUCAGUAUGAUAAUUCUACCGGAGUGCCCACUAUUAUCCGGAGUCUAGAAAAUGAGCGGGUCGCGACGAUCAAGGCAGCAAAAAAGACGGGAGCGUCGUAUAUUGACUUGAACCGCGCCAGCACGGUAUACCUGAAUAGUAUUGGGCCGGUCAGUGCGCACAUGUAUGAUUUGAAAGCGGGUGACUCGACGCAUUUGAACGCGGCUGGCAGCCAGGUCUUCGGAGGAAUGGUCGCCAGCUUGAUCAUCCAGGACUUUCCCCAAUUGGGCGACGCGGGGUAUGGCACGACCUUUUGCGGUUGGUUCUUCGCUGCUCUCUCCAAUAGUCAUCUCAGUCAGUAUCUGGACCUUGGCGUGUUUUUGGUCAUGGGAGCGACAUUACAAGUCCUCGCCCAUGCUCUGAGAACCUGGCUGCCCCCAUUCCCCUUAUUCGCUGUGACGUUCUUCUUUGCCAGUCUUGGUCAAGCAUAUCAGGACACGUACGCCAACACGUUCGUGGCAUCGGUAAAAGCAGCACACCGAUGGCUCGGGUUCAUCCAUGCGAUGUAUAUGGCGGGAUGUCUCGCCGGACCCUUCAUCUCCACAGCAGUAGCAUCGGCUGGAGUACGGUCGCGUUGGGAAUUAUUCUACACAGCGCCUUUAGGACUGGGCGUCAUCAAUUUCGUCCUUGUGGUUAUUGCAUUCCGUGAGUCGUUGGCCCUUAAGCGUCCCGCACACGGCGAGAUGGACUCCGCCCAGGGAGCGAGACAAAAGGGCGCCAUGCAAGAGAUACAGAAGACUCUGGCGCAGCCGAGCGUGUGGAUAUUGAGUUUAUAUUUCUUCUUUUUCCUAGGUGCCGUUAUCACUGCUGGAGGCUGGAUCGUGGAAUACCUGGUUCACGUCCGCAAUGGGGACCUGAACGACAUGGGAUAUGUCCCUGCCGGCUUUUAUGGCGGCGGCUUUUUAGGUCGACUGAUAUUGGCUGAACCGACCUAUCGCUGGGGAGAGCGACGGAUGGUGUUCAUUUACGUGUUGCUCUGUGUGGGACUAGAACUGGUUUUCUGGCUCGUUCCGAAUAUCAUUACCGAAGCAGUAGCCAUCAGUCUUCUCGGCUUUUUCUCGGGUCCUUUCUUUGCUACAGGUAUCUCGGUCGCAUCGAAGAUCUUUACUGUGGAGAUUCGCUCAUCGGCACUUGCAUUCAUCUUCGUCCUCGGCCAGGUCGGAGGGGCUAUAUUCCCAGCUGUUACUGGUGUCAUGGCAGCGAAGGUCGGUGUAUCAGUGCUGCAGCCGAUGCUAGUCGGGCUGCUCGGAGCUACUGGUGUUUCCUGGCUGAUGCUCCCCAAGUCACGGUUGCAUCAUGACUGA